AAACGUCAAUCGCGCCGGCGGGAAAAAGGGAGGAGGGGUUUAAAGCACUCGCAACCGUUCUCUGACGGUCUACACCCUAGGAGCAAAUCACUCGGAAAGUAAACAGUUAUUAUGUGAUGGAUUUUUCAUAAAUCUAGUCAGCUUCUUGAUUUUAGCGGGUGCAGUGUGUAGUGGUGCGCAGACGGCUCGGUGCGGUGACUGUGUAGAACAAGUUGACGGUAGAUAGGGAGGUGUGAAGCAAGACACAGGGAAAGAUAGCGGAACCCAACUGGACAUCAUCUCACAUCCUCACGCCAACUUCACGGUGUUCGUCCAAAGUGGAGAUUCAUCUCAAAAAUUCUUCAAAAUGGACAUGGAAUCCGUCAGAAUGGGGCAGGAUUUGUGCUCGGAUAUGUCCGAACAAGUUCAUAAGCGUGUUGCUCCGGGUUUGGCAUGCCGUGUCUGUGGCGAUAUUUCCUCGGGCAAACAUUACGGAAUCUACGCUUGCAACGGUUGCAGUGGAUUCUUCAAGAGAAGUGUUCGUCGAAAACUCAUAUACAGGUGUCAGGCCGGUACGGGGAUGUGUGUGGUCGACAAGGCGCAUCGUAAUCAAUGCCAAGCCUGCCGCUUGAAAAAAUGCUUGGAGACGGGCAUGAAUAAAGAUGCAGCUGUUCAGAAUGAGAGACAACCACGUAACACUGCCCAGAUAAGAAUGGACUGCGUUCCUUCAGUGACUGCCGUGGAUCAUCAUGAUUUCGACGGCAGUCCAGUGAGCAUGAUGCGCGGUGAACAAGCCUCGUCCACGGUACCGACCAUGCAUCGUUCGGUCACACCUACUAUCAAUCAUCGCUUCAUGGCUAGUCUAAUGACGGCUGAGACGUGUGCUAAACUUGAACCUGAAGAUGCGUUACAUGACAAUGUUGACAUAGAUGUGACUGGAGGAAUGGACAGUGAGACAGAGGAGCAUCUUCGCCAUCGCACUGGACAACAACCGGCAAGCACACCCCGGGAACUCUCACUCUACCCGGGGGCUCAAGAGAACAUUUACGAGUCAUCAGCCAGGCUUCUCUUUAUGGCCGUCAAGUGGGCUAAAAAUCUACCGUCGUUCUCUAAUCUUCCCUUUCGAGAUCAGGUUAUCCUUCUUGAGGAGGCAUGGAGUGAGUUGUUUGUACUCUGUGCCAUUCAAUGGUCGAUGCCUCUUGAAUCAUGCCCAAUUCUUUCCCUCUCGGAACACGCCCACGAAGUGGGUGCUACGUCACCAGACACCAAAGCCGUCGCCAUGUUGUCCGACAUCAGAGUCCUUCGUGAGGUGAUGGCACGCUUUAAAUCAUUCUCAGUAGAUGCAGCUGAGUUUGCUUGUAUGAAAGCCAUUGUCUUAUUUAAACCAGACACAAGGGGCCUGAAGGAUCCAAUUCAAGUAGAGAGUUUGCAGGAUCAAGCCCAGGUCAUGUUGGGUCAGCACGUUAGAAGUCAACAGCCAACCCAUCCAAGCAGAUUUGGUCGUCUGCUACUGCUCCUGCCCUCAUUGCGGUCAAUCUCAUCUGAAAAGAUUGAGCGCAUUUUCUUCCGUUGUACCAUCGGUAACACACCCAUGGAGAGACUGUUGUGUGACAUGUUCAAGAAUUAAAGAAGCGAGCAGCUGAAUAAGGCAGUGAUUUAACAAUGACACUAUGAGGCAAAUAGGGUGCAGGAAACUGCCAUCAAACUGCAAAGGAAACAAUGAAUAACGAUGAUUAUGUCAAAAUGGCACAUCCAUCUUUUUAAACGAGUCAACUGUUUGAGGUUAAUUCUAAUUUGUUUAGCAUUGAUGAUUUGUGACUUCAGUUUCAUAAUGUAAGACUUGCAAUCCAUUCACAUGACAUCACAAUUCUCGUAUAUGUCUUUAUUUAUUGCCAAGAGAUCACUUUGUAACAGACCGCAAACUUCGCAUUUCCAACACUGUUUUUCCAUUGGUGAGAGUAACUUCUUGUAAGACUUAUGAUACACAACUUAUAUGCGUGUUUGGGAGAAAAUCACAGAUGAUCAUCCAAUAUCUAAGUUGUUAUAAUCAUGUUUUAAGUAAUGGGAACGCCAAACGACAAAUUGACAGUAAAAAUUUCCUUCUUUUUAAAUGAUUAAACUUGAAGGUAACCACACCAUUUUCGAGGUUGGCUCAAAUUUAUGUAAACUACUCACCAAAUAGAUGAGCUAUAACUAAUGCUUAGCACAAACAUUGCCAUGUAACGGAAUGACCAUGCAAUAUCUUAAAAUCAACUCUUUAAAAUUUAGAAGGAAAAAAUCCAACUAAGUAGAUUAAUAUUAUCUGUUCACUUAGUUUCUGUGAUCACAGUAAACACAAUAAGCAUUAUAUCUUAUUGUAUUAUAAAUCUUGAAACCAGUAGCCUAUUAUGAUUGAUAACAACAGUUAUUUCCUUGAAAUAACUAGUAAUGUGAUUUUUUGGCGAAAAGGAAUAUUUAAGUAUUCAACUAAGAUUUUGCCAGUGUUUUGUACAUAAUUAGAUUAUAGUUCAUAUUAUUGGGAAAAGGGUCGAGUUAUCUUGUAGAUAGAAAGAUCUUAUUACUUUUUGAAAAAAAUACGUAAUACUUAUGUGCAAUAUUUAUCUUGAUUUUGUCUUUAAAGCAAGUGGUUCCAAAACACGUUUUUAUUUUACGAGCCAUUGCAAUCUGCAUGAUAAAUGCACACAGUAUAACUGAGUAGGCGUAUGGAGUUAAAGUAUUUUGUCAAUAAAUUAAUUAUUUAUUUUAAGUGUUUUAGUAUCGCACAUGCCUGCUAUUAUAAUGUAAAUAUUAAUUACUGUAAAAUAAAAUAAAAUGAAGUAAAAUAAAGAAUGAAGAGUUACACACUUAUUGAAAACAAUUAAAGACUGUCAGUGAUUUUUUUAAUUAGAUUGAUUUGCUUCAUCAGCAUUAGGUCAUGCCACUUCUCGGGUCAGGUGUUAUCUUUGAAGGAAUGUUUUCAAUUAAGGUAUACGUUUGGUAAUUUAACCCACUCUUAAAACUAAUGGCAAAUAAAACUCACUUGGAUUAAAGUACAGC